UCCCCUUCUCCCCCUCCCCCCUCUCUUUCUGUCUCUCUCUGAAAGUAGUAUUUUUUAUUUUCUGGUAAUUACUCCUAUAUAUAUUGAUCCCAACCAGCAACAACCCGAAAAGUAAAGAUAUUCAUCGAAGAUUCAAAACCCCACCAGACUUUCUCUGAUCAGUGUCGGUAAAGCUCUAGGCUCAUUUAUGAUGGCGGUUGACCUACACAGCACUGAGUUACUGCUUCCUUCUGACUUUCUCUAUGACGAGGAAGAGGAUGAUAUUCUUCCGAAGAAUCUCAAGCCCUCCAAGGUUCUCAAGGAGUCGAGCUAUUAUAAUCCCUGGGAAGCUCCUCAAUCGGCUCUCAGUUCCCCUGUUGGGUCCGAACUCGGUUCCGGUUCGGCCGAGUCGGAGAGUGACAAGGAAGACGAUUACAUUGCCGAGUUAACCCGCCAGAUGGCGCACUACAUGCUUCAAGAUGAUGACAAAAUGGAAAAAAAGACAUGGGGUUCGGCUGGUUCGCCACAAUCAACGCUGUGGUCACCGCUGGGCUCGAGCAAUGGAAGCCGAGAUGGUUCUGAACCAUCGCCGCCACCUACGCCGGAGUUUGCAGAAGACCCCUUUUGGGAUAGCAGAUACGACGCCGUUGUUGGGUUGGAGAAGAUGAACCUAAACGAUUGCGAAAACCCCAAAUUCCAGAAUAGCGGGUUGUACUCAAACCCGCCUCUCACUGGCCAUCAACUUCGCGCUAUUGAAUUAAUUAGGCUGAAACAAGAGCGUGCUAUGAAGCAACAAGCCUCUUCAGAUUGGGAAAAACAAGCUAAUGUUUCUCAGCAGUUUCAGAAGAACGGUAGACUUUGUAGCGGGUUGGGUAAUGGAAGAAAGGCUCCGACAGACCCAUGGACUCAGACUCAGACUCAGGCACCGGCACCGGCACCGGCACAGUGUCACCAGCAAGUCGGGUCGGGUAUGCGGGCGUUUUCCCUGGGUGGAGGCGAUUCCGGAAAUGGAUCAUGUGGGACUGGUGGAACGGGUGUUUUCUUGCCCCGCGGAGUCUGGUACUCCUCCGAACCACGCAAGAAACCAGGAUGCUCCACUGUUUUUAUACCAGCAAGAGUUGCGCAGGCGCUAAAGCUUCACUUUGACCAAAUGGGCGCCCGGUCUCGAUCCAGCAAUAAUCCCGCUGCUGCUUCCCCUCUCCCACACGAUGGGUUGAUGAUGGGGAGGAGUAGUAAUGGGGGGUUGAAUUCAAAGCAAAAGCGGCAGUCCCGGGCGGUGCCAGCCAUGAACUGUCAUGAGAUGGGGCUGCCUCAAGAAUGGACGUAUUGAGUGGGUGUUUGUUAUCGCACAUGGCCUUGUUCUAGGGUUCCAAGCUGUUGCUGAUGAUGGUGUUUUGGAAGCUUUUGGUCUAAGAAAGAAAAAAACAGACAAGGUUGAAAGAACAGAUGAAUAAAGAGGACAAAUGAAAAGACUCUAUGUUGGGUCAAGUACAGAGAAUCCCCCUAUAUUUAGAGAAUAGGACAGACAUACAGAUGUUGUUUGAUAGGAGUAUUUAGAACAGGAAAUAUGAAAUAAAAAUGUUGUCUGAGAGAGAAAAAGAGAGAGAGAGAGAGAUAGAGAGGAUGUACAGCUUCCUGAUCCUUUUGUUUGUUAAUUCUUGCUGGCUGUCAAAAGCCAAGUAACACUUAGCAAAGGCCAGGAUGUUUUUUGAUAUCCUUGUAUUAUUAAUAAUUCAGCUUCACCAUUGUGAGACUGCUUGUUCUA